AUGUUUGCCCUGCUAAGUUCAGCAGAAGUGCGACCCUACCUACAGCACAAACGGGCACAUACGGGCGAGAAGCCACACAAGUGCAAUGUCUGCUCUGCAGAGUUCGGCCGUAGCGAUAGCCUACUGGAUCACAAGCGGACGCAUACGGGCGAGAAGCCAUACAAGUGCGAUGCCUGCCCGGCAGAGUUCAGUGAGAGACAGAGUCUGCAGCAGCACAAGCGGGGGACACACAGGCGAGAAGCCAUUCAAGUACGAAAGUUCAGCCAGAGCAGACACCGACAGAGUCACAGACAGACAUACUCGAAGCCGUACAGGAGCAUUCCCUGUUCUGCAAAGUUUGAGGUAUUGCCAAACCUGGAGCAUUACAAGUGGACGUACGUGGUUGUGAAGCCCUACAAAAUGCAACUUGUGUUAUGCAGAGAUCAGUCACGGGACCAACAGCGCCAGCCAGACGACCGAAUAGCUGCUGGCUGA